AUGCGAUGCGAAUAUGCUGUGCUUGUGCUGAUGCUCCUGCUCCUGCUCAUACUUCUGCUCGUGCUCCCGGAUCAGACACUGGGAUUGUGCUUUGGUGCCGAUCACACCUUGGAUGCGAAAGUCUCUGGCACUUUGACAGUCCGUCAAAGAAAAGUAACGACAAAGAAGGAAAAAGCCCUUGAGAUAAACGAGAACGCUAACCUUGUCCAUGCUAUACCUUGUUCAGAACAGCAGCCAGCCACGUUCGAUAGUAACCAUGAUCUAAUGUUAGAGAUGCCGAAAGCUACAGAUUUAUCCGUCCUAACAAACAAAACUUCUUCAUCAACUUGGGACACCUCUUUUUUUUUAAAUUAA